GCAUAGAGAUAUUUAUAUAUUUGCUGCUGGGGAUGCAAACGGCACUCUGAUGCUAACACCAUACCAGCUCAUUAUACGGCCUUGGGGGAUUCCAAUGGGGCCUUCUCAUAAGUUUCUACGUUGAUUCCAUUUGAUUGUUUUGUGUUUUGAUUUGGUUUAGCUUUGCCGCCUUAUUGCAAACGAUGGCCCGUAGGCUCUGUUCUCGUCUCUUUAUUUUCAAAACUCCGAAGCCCUGUUGGCUGCCACCACCACCGCCCUUUUCAAGGUCAGAAUCUCCUUUUAGAUUAGUGCUAAGCGCUUCAACAAGUCAUAUUAAUGGUGGGUUUUACCCAAAUUUGAUAGUGUUGAGAUCAUAUGCUCGUGGAGGACGCAAACAUUAUGAUCUCUUUGGGAGCAAAAUGCCAGGUGAUGAAGAUUUCAGGAAGGCCUGUCAGAAAGAGAUGGAUGAAGAUGAGACGCUGUGGACUGGAAGUGAAGACGAAAGUGAUCCUGAAAACAACAAAAGUGAUUCUGAAAAUCAUCAAAGUCGUCUGGAAAGAGAGAUACGGAAAGUGAGACAGCAGGCUAAAGAGCAUUCAGAGCUAAUUGAUGCUGAUGACAGUGAUGAGUUGAGAAGCAUAUGGUCUGGAAGCGAUGAGGAGAAGACUUUGUGGACCGGUAGUGAAUGUGACGAUGAUGAUGAUAUUCCUACAGAAGCAUACCCUAAUGAAGCUAGUGAUAAGUAUAUCGAUAAACUUUUUGAGUUUGAGGAAAAACCCAAGUACAGGACCAUGUCAGAACUAUUAAAAUCUGAAAACGAACCUGAGGAGUUAUCCCCAGGUAAGAAAGCAAGGAAACUGGCAGUUGAGAACGCCUUGAAAAAACUCAAGAAAGGGCCAGAUGGGCGUUAUACUAAUGUUUGGGAAGUCAUGAGUGAUACAGACAUUUUGAUCGGAGCAUUUGAGAAUAUUGUUUCUGGACCAGAGUAUGAGGAGCUUCGACAAGGGGGACCUAAGAAAUUGAAUAUGCAGUUCUUCAAGGAUAUUCAAGCACGCAUGAGGGAUCCCAACUAUAAGUUCUCACCAGAGUUAAAGUUGAAACCAAAAAGCAAGCUGGUUCCUAAAAAGAAAUGGCAGAAGGCACAGUCUAGACGCAGGAAAGCACAAAAACGCUAGGCAACAUCUUCUGCUCCUCUUUGACAUCAAUUGGCUUACCUGUACAUUACUUGAAUCCCAAGUUUGUGCUAUGAAUAUCUACAUCUCUCUGUAUAACAAGAUAUUUGCUUCAUUUAUAACAUUUUUGUGCAAUAUUUUGAUUAGAAAUAUGAUUUCUAUGUCUUUCUUUACUUCUCAAAGAUUUCCCUGGCUUCUUUCAUUACUUGUUAAGGCUCCUCUAACUUUCAGUGUUCAAUCUUACU